AUGGCCGAGAUCUCAACCCCUACUUUGAAUGAAACGCCUCGUCCCAGCGGUGAGGUAUUCGAAGCCUUCGUGGACGGCACGGUAGCAAUCUCUGCCAAUACACCUGAGCUAGUCCCUGGUCUGGUCGAUGAAGUUGCUUCCCUCGGUAAAGUCGCCAACCUGCAAGACCACAAGGAUCGUUCGACCCUCUUGGAAGCCGCUCGAUCCCUGGUCUAUGCACUUGAGACCCCGCGGGAGGCUAUGAUCAGAUACUGUUGGUCCCAAUCUACUCUUUAUGCUGCUCUCGAGACCGCAGUUGAUCUGGGGGUUUUCGCCGUUUUGUCUAAGGAUGAGAAGCCCAAGACUGCCACUAAUCUGGCAAGCGCCACAGGUGCUGAUGCAGUCAUGCUUGCUCGUAUCUUGAAGCACUUAUGCGCAAUGGGCGUUAUCCUCGAGACCGGUCCUAAUGAAUAUCGCCGCACUGGACUUUCCAUUUCUUUGUCCAUGAAACGAUACAACGAUGCAUACCCCUGCAUGACCAACUGCAUUACCUCCGGUGUGCUUGCUCUGCCUGCCCAACUGAAGAAGGAUGGUUAUGCCAAUCCAUCCAACGGUAGGGAGUGUGGCUUCCAGCGCGGAUUCAGAACAGACCUCCACUUCUUCGAAUAUAUGAAGGAGAACCCAGAGGUUGCUGGCCAGUUCAACAAUCACAUGUCUGCCUACCACCAGGGGCGUCCCAGCUGGAUGGACAUUGGCUUCUAUGAUGUGCCGAGCAUGUUCCCCAACGUUGCAGAGGAUGAUGUGCUCCUCGUCGAUGUUGGUGGCAGCAUGGGUCACGACCUCUCAGAAUUCAAACUCAAGUGGGCCGAUGCUCCGGGUCGCCUUGUGCUCCAGGAUCUCCCCGAGGUGAUUGCCCAGGCCAAGACUAUGCAACUGCACUCCUCGAUCGAGACCAUGGAGCAUGACUUCUUCACUGAGCAGCCUGUCAAGGGUGCUCGUGCUUAUUAUAUGCACUCUGUCCUCCACGAUUGGACAGACGAUAACUGCCGCAAGAUCCUGAAGGGUCUCGUGGCUGCCAUGAAGCGCGGACACAGCAAGAUCUUCAUCAACGAGAACGUCAUCCCCGAUACCAACGCUUACUGGGAAACCACUAGUCUGGAUAUUAUCAUGAUGGCCGAUUUCGCUUCGGCCGAGCGAACUGAAGCUCACUGGCACCGCCUGGUCGAAUCUGCGGGUCUGAAGAUCACGAAGAUCUGGUCCGCCCAGAGGGGAGUCGAGAGUCUCAUCGAGUGCGAAUUGCCAUAG